UUCAGCUCAUGAACGGUUCUACUUGCGGAAUUACCUGUAUCUAGACUCUCGGAAGGCUGAAGUUGACGCCACCAUAGUUGUCGACAAAACUCUGCCCAGUCCCCACUACUGCGCCUUCCGAACGAACUACUCGAUCACACCUAUUUCUAGUUGCAGAAGAUGAAGCGAUUCUUAUCAAAUCUCUUCCACGAUCUGCAGGAAACCAGUGGUGGACUGCAAGACUCAAGUGCCUGCUGCCUGAGCCCGCCUGCAAGACCGCUAACAAACUAUCUGCGGUUUAUUCCACGAUGAAGCUUCCGCUCCCAUGUCGACAAUUUCAUCUUCUGACGGCCCUAAUUCCGUAUGAACUCUUGCGCUUCUGCUUCUGGUCCAGGCGGGCGAUGAACACGUGGAUGUCAUGCAGCAUUCCGGCCCAAGGUGAAGUCGCGGGAUUGGUCCCCAUGACUGGUGGGCUUUGGAUGUGGCGGCUGGUGCGAAGCAGCCGUUCUCAAAUACCUUCCCAACCUGGAGGUGCUGAUAUUUUGUUGCUAUGCAACGGAUCGGGAGGACACCGAACUCACGAUCCCGUUUGCAAAGAUUCUAAAGAAUCCCUAGUAGCUAAAAGAGACAGGACACGUUUCCGCAUUUCUAAACGGUGUGCUGCUUCGAGAACAGGAUGGCGACUUAAGCUCUUCGAACUAGUGUUUCUAUUUAUCUUGAAAAGGAGUGUAGUAAUAUUUCCCGCUGCUCCAUCAGAAAUACUUCAUCGUCCGUUCUCUGUCACUUCGACUCUCAUCCUCACUCUCACUACAUUGAUUGAGUAGUUUUCGUCAAGCUCAUUUCAUGUCGGCUAUUUCUAGCGUCGCUCACCUUCAAUCGACCUAUCACUUACAACCUCAAUACCCAGUCUCUCACUAGGAAAUAACCAUGGCGAAGGCUCGAGCCACCAACGACGGCCGUGUCCGCGUCACCAAGCGCAAGUCUAGGAAGCAGGCUCCGAAAUCGAUGAGUGGCCUUCUCGAUGUCUCUGUCCUCGAGGAUGUGAC